GACCGUGCACCGUUCGAACACUGUCGCGGGAUUUCCCCUAAUUCUGCUGCCAGCCGAUUCCACGUGGAUAACCAACUGUCAAGCGCGCACGCCACGAUUUCGUAACUUGGAAACGUGAAAUGGAUCCCGACAGUUUCAAGGAUUUCGCCAAAGAAAUGGCAGAAUAUGUUACUAAUUAUCUGGAGAACAUCAGGGACAGGAGGGUACUGCCAACAGUUGAACCAGGUUACAUGAAACCCCUUUUGCCUUCUGAGGCUCCACAAGCACCAGAAAGUUGGAAGGACGUUAUGGCGGACAUUGAGAAGAUAAUAAUGCCAGGGGUUACUCAUUGGCACAGUCCAAAAUUUCACGCGUAUUUUCCGACAGCUCAGUCGUACCCAGCAAUCGUCGCUGACAUGCUUAGCGGUGCUAUUGCUUGCAUAGGAUUUACCUGGAUCGCUAGUCCAGCUUGUACCGAGUUGGAAGUAAUAAUGCUCGACUGGUUAGGAAAAAUGUUAGAUUUGCCCAAGGAAUUUUUAGCCUGCAGUGGUGGAAAAGGAGGCGGUGUCAUUCAGGGAACUGCGAGCGAAGCCACUUUAGUUGCACUUCUCGGCGCCAAGGCUAGAAAAAUACGGCAGGUCAAGGAACAACAUCCUGAAUGGACGGACAACGAAAUAGUGGGAAAACUAGUCGCUUAUGGUUCCUGUCAAUCUCACAGUUCUGUAGAACGAGCUGGUCUUCUCGGAGGCGUAAAAUUCCGCCUGUUGGAAGUUGAUUCCAAAUACAAACUCCGCGGUGAGACACUCAUGGAAGCCAUUCGCAAGGACAAAGAACAAGGACUGAUUCCAUUCUACGCUGUCGCGACAUUAGGAACAACCUGUUCUUGUGCGUUCGAUCGUCUCGAUGAAAUGGGCGUCGUUGCAAAUCGCGAGAACGUUUGGUUACACGUCGAUGCAGCUUACGCUGGUUCUGCCUUCAUUUGCCCGGAAUUUCGAUACCUAAUGAAGGGCGUAGAGUUGGCAGAUUCCUUCAACUUCAACCCGCACAAAUGGAUGUUGGUGAACUUCGAUUGUUCAACCAUGUGGCUCAAAGAUCCGACUUACGUUAUCAACGCUUUCAAUGUAGAUCCCUUGUAUCUGAAGCACGAUAUGCAAGGAUCUGCUCCGGAUUAUAGGCACUGGCAAAUUCCAUUAGGACGAAGAUUUAGAGCAUUGAAACUCUGGUUCGUCUUAAGGAUCUAUGGCGUGGAAAAUCUUCAGAAAUUUAUCAGAUCUCACGUGAAUCAAGCUCACGAAUUCGAAACGCUGGUUCUCUCAGAUCCACGAUUUGAAAUUAUCGCACAAGUGAUAUUAGGACUGGUUUGUUUUCGACUAAAGGGAUCGAACGACUUAAACGAGACUCUAUUGAAGAAAAUCAACGGUGCCGGAAAUAUUCACUUGGUCCCAUCCAAGAUAAACGACAUGUACUUCCUGCGGUUCGCAAUUUGCUCGCGAUUCAGCGAGAGUAAGGACAUCCAAAGCUCCUGGAAAGAGAUAAAGCUCAGAGCGGACGAGGUCCUUGCGGAGCAAUCGGUUUCUAAGUGAUGGCGGGCUCAGAUA